AUGUCAAGCCCAGAGAGUACCCUGCUCGUGCUCUCACUCGUCAGCGAACACAUCACAGCUAGCUUUGUUGCCGAAUUGAGGAAGCAAGAUGCUGCCCCUUUGAGCAAUGAGCCCUCUCACGUCUGGCGCCUCAAGAACCGCUACUACGAGGCCAAAGUCAGCAUAGCGACAGCAUAUGAUCUAUCGACAGCUCUGGGACAGCUCCAGGGCGUGCCUGCUCUCAUCGUCUUGUCCGAUUACGAUGCCAAACCGCUCAUCAUCUCGAGACUGUUAUCUAGUAUAGCGGCGUAUCAGAUGCCAGACAUUGCCAUUCUCGCUCUCGUCAAAGGUCACACGAACAGGGACGGGGAUGCUGUCGAAGCAGAAUGGCUGGAUGUCGCUGUUGAGCAGGGCUUCGAGCUCGUCGAUCUCGAGCACGCGCCCGAGACAGGCGACGAUGGCCGUGAUAUGACGAGCUAUGCUUAUCUGGCUAGUACGCUACAGACCCACCUGUGGCCUCGCGUCGGAGCGACGGCUCCCACAGGCUUCGACGAUGACUUUAGCGACUUUACGGAGAAGGCGAAGAAGAAGGGGAUCUAG